AGUGAGGAGAUGCAGCCAGAGACGGGAUAAUAUCCAUAUCGCUGUACCGUUAAAUUAACAAGAAAAAGUAAUGAUGGAAUAUAUCAAAUCUGCGAAGAGAGUGUCGCAAGAACAAUAUGAGUGUUUCAAUCAAAAGCCGCUAUCAGGCUGUGUCUCUUGAAUUGACUAAGUGCGUGAAGUGCUUUUUAAUUUUCAAGUGGGUGUGUGUCUAAGCAGUGUGAAAAUGCCAAAUGAUACAGUGAUAUAAUUUUCAGUAUAAAAUCCUAAAUUGUUUCUAUCGCGACGGGCCCGAUUCUCAAGAUGGUUCUAAAUCUAACGACUCUGCUAGCGAUCACGCUGAUUGUGUUUACAGUAAAUCUUUUGACGACUUCUGAUGGAAAAAGAUCUGAACAAGUUGCAGCGAAUCAGGAGAGAUAUCAUCAUCAAGGUUUUAAUCAGCAUGCUGGACACCAUCAAAAUGGGCGAUCUCACCAUUCUGCAGGGUCUAAGAAGCAUUCGCAUUCGGGAUCAUCUGGCGCCGGUCCUUUUAUACCACUGCCAAAUGCGAAGGAGCGUAGGCCUAAUAUUAUUUUGAUCAUGACGGAUGAUCAAGAUGUCGAAUUGGGUUCCUUGAAUUUUAUGCCUCGAACGUUGCGUGCGCUAAGAGACGGCGGCGUGCAGUUCCGGCACGCCUACACUACGACUCCCAUGUGCUGCCCAAGCAGAAGUUCCAUGCUGACGGGCAUGUAUGUCCACAAUCAUCAGGUUUUCACCAACAACGACAACUGCAGCAGUCCACAGUGGCAGGCAAGUCACGAGACUCGCAGCUUCGCAACGUAUCUCUCGAAUGCUGGUUACAGAACUGGUUAUUUUGGCAAAUAUCUGAAUAAAUACAAUGGUUCUUAUAUACCUCCUGGUUGGAGAGAAUGGGGAGGACUUAUUAUGAACUCCAAAUACUACAAUUACUCUGUCAACAUGAAUGGGCAGAAGAUCAAGCACGGCGAUGAUUAUCACAAAGACUAUUAUCCGGAUCUGAUAGUGAACGACUCGAUAGCUUUCCUGCGACAGAGCAAACAGAAUUCGUUGCGGAAGCCCAUUAUGUUGACGAUGAGUUUUCCGGCGCCGCACGGACCGGAGGACAGCGCCCCGCAGUACUCGCAUUUGUUUUUCAAUGUCUCCACACAUCAGUAA